UUUAUCCUUUCCUAUACAGUAAAAAUGAUGUUGGACCUAGACGAGAUCACAGACACWUUGUACCAGUGGACCGAGUGCAAAGGAGCAAUAUUAUAUGGCGCUGAUGGGAAUUUUUGUUCCGGAGGAGAUUUGAAAUUAGCAAAAAAAAUGAGCAACUCGACGAACGGGUAUGCGAUGUCUGUUUAUAUGGGUAAUAUUCUCGACAAAUUCAAAAAGCUACCCAUUAUUACAGUCGCAUUUAUUAAUGGCACGGGUGCACUUGGCGGAGGUGCGGAAGUGACUACGGCGUGCGAUUAUAGACUGAUGUGCAACGUGGCAGAUAACACAGGCAUUGGGUUCGUUCACUCGAAAAUGGGCAUAGUACCAGCAUGGGGCUCCACCGGCCGGUUGGUGUCCAUCCUGGGGAGCUCCAAGAAGGCAUUGGAUCUGUUGCUCGAGGCCCGGACGCUGAGUGCCGCUGAGGCGAUGGACCUGGGUCUGGUGGACGGCACGGUGGCCACUUUGGAGGACGCURGARAGUGGCUGUCGGGCAAGAUUAAGCGGGACGUGAACGUUAUUCGGGCCAUAAAGCGAACGGYGCUGUGCUACGACRACGACGACAACUCGAAAGCUGACGCCCGAGAGCUGGAGCGUAAGAUUUUUGCACCACUUUGGGGUGGCACCGCCAACCAGGCGGCACUCCGACUGCGCUUGAAACACAACAGAUGAAACCAGUGACAUGGAGAAAUUGACAUUUUUUCUGAUGCUAGUCUAAUAUUCCACCCACUCAAAACCCGAUUGAAGCAUUUUUUUGUCAUAUUUUUUAACUAUAAUACUUAUAGUACACACACGUUGUAGUAAAUACCAAAAUACUGUAAUUAAUUCUAAAUCUGUGCCUCGGUGCCACUCUUUAAAAACUCAGAUGUAACCAUCCGAUUCGUCAUUCCACUGGAUAAAAUUGCAUAAUCAUCUGAUGAAAAAAUAACAUACUCCUGUCGUACUAUUAUACAUGGCUAUUUUUGUGGCUAUKAUAUUGUAAUGUUAUGGGACAUUUCACAUUUUUUGGAAAAUAUAUUUGUUUUUUUAUAACGAUUUACUAUA